AUGGUUGCGGGAGAGAAACUAAGACGUAGCCUUGCUUCUCGUCAGUCAUACAAAACUCCACCCGACCCUCCGUUAAAGAGAAGAAGGACGAUUAAUUCACUAACUCGUGAUAAUUUACUGCGCUACUGCUCCCCAGAGGUAAGAAGAAAUUCAAGCUUUUGCUCUCCAUCAAAAAGUAAUGUCACUUCUCCAUUCAUAAACUCUCCAAAUGUCCCUAAUUUGUCAAAGGAGGAUGUGCAGCUCGGGACAUUACUGGGUUUUGGAGGCUUUGGAUCGGUGUUUCAUGGGGUAUACAAGAAACGUGUCGUUGCAGUUAAAAUUUUACAUAAAAUCGGCAAAAACAAGACAGCGCAGUUUCAGAGUUACAAGGCUGAAUUGCGAAUUUUGUACUUUAAAAGUCCCUACGUGGUGAAGUCGCUGAACGCAACCCCUUUAGAUCGUUACGACGAAGGAGCUUGGGUUGUGAUGGAAUUCGUUGGUCACAGAAACCUGCAGCAGUUGCUGAACGACCCAGACGAACACAUGGAUCAAAGCAGACGACUGAAGUUUGCGCUGCAGAUUGCACAAGCUUUGCACUACGCUCACACCAACUGUGUCGUCCAUCUUGAUCUAAAACCGGCUAACAUCUUCCUCACGGGGAAUGACGACAUUAAACUCGGCGAUUUCGGCUGCUGCCAACAAAUCGACCUCGAAACGGGCAUUCCGAGCCCAUUGGACGAGAGGUCUAAUCUGACGGGAACUUUCGCCUACAGAGCACCAGAAUUACUGAAGGGACAUGCCCCGACAACCCAAGCCGAUAUUUAUUCCUUUGGAAUUACUUCAUGGCAAAUGUUCGCAAGAGAAAAUCCCUACGGAGACCAGAAUCAACACAUGGUGAUAUUCUGCGUUGUUUCACAGAACCUGCGACCCAGUCUUCCUGACGUUAAAGAUGACCCAUUCGAGAGCAUGUACCAAGAUCUUUACACUCAGUGUUGGCGAGCCUUGCCAGAGGACCGGCCCACGUCGGGCGAUCUGCUCAAUAUACUAAAACUGUCGAAGACCAUGGGCAUAUCCUCAAGCUACCAACAGCUGCAUGACAAACAGACCAACUCAUGUUUGACUGAUAUACAUCUGUAUUUGUAUUAUUCUGUCAUGGCGUGUUGUACCGAAUGA